AUGCGUCCUCUCGCUGUAUUUGCGGCUCUGCUCGCAGUGGUCACCACCAGCGCUCAUAGGAUGACCAAGAACGAGAUACGUGAACACCAACUUGAGGCAGCAAAGCGUUGGCAGACUAGCGGCCCUCACAACGUAAAGCGCAGUGGUGUUCAGAAUAUCACAUUCACGAAUCCAAAGGCCUCAGAAUUUUACGUCGAUGGCACAUCCCUUCCUCUCGUUGACUUCGAUGUCGGUCCUAGCUGGGCAGGUCUUCUACCCAUCAGCAACAGUCCCAAUGAGACGCGUCAGGACAUCAGCUCUAUUUCUGGUUUUUUUCCUCCCGGCCCAGAAGGAAGUCUUGAUGAUUUAAUUUUUUGGACGAACGGUGGCCCUGGCUGUUCCUCCCUCGAAGGUUUGCUGCAGGAGAAUGGACCUUUCAGUUGGGCCUGGGGUCAGGCCAAAGCAACGGUGAAUCAACAAAGCUGGACCAACCUCUCCUCCGUCCUUUGGGUGGAGCAACCUGUUGGUACCGGAUUUUCCCAAGGCAUCCCAAACGCACAGAACGAGGACGAUGUGGCUACUCAACUCGUCGGUUUCAUGCAGCAGUUCCUUGAGGUUUUUUCGGAACUCAAAGGCAAAAAGCUGUAUCUAACGGGUGAAAGUUACGCUGGAACAUACGUGCCUUAUAUCGCAAACUAUAUCUACGAGAACCCCACUCUGUUAGAUCUCUCGUUGCAGGGAACAUGGAUCAGUGAUCCCUCGAUCUCGUGGGACGUAGUGCAAGAGGAGAUCCCUGCAGUGGAUUUCGUGAACAAAUACGCUGGUCUCUUUUCUUUUAAUCAGACGUUCAUGAACUACCUCGAGAACAAGGCCGCGACGUGCAAUUAUACUGGCUACAUGGAUAAGUAUGUCACAUACCCUCCAGCAGGUCUUCUUCCCCUGCCAGGAGACUCCAUCGAGUUUGCCGAGGGCUGCGAUGUCUGGGACGACAUUUUUUAUAGUGCACUGAUUAUCAACCCCGCUUUCGAUAUCUAUCGCAUCUGGGACACAUAUCCGAUUUUGUGGGAUGUCUUAGGUUUCCCAGGUUCAUUCCCACAGACGCAGUCUCCGAUCUACUUUAAUCGAAUGGAUGUAAAGGAAGCUAUCCAUGCGCCCGUUGACACCGAGUGGUCGGAAUGCUCCAAUAUCAAUGUCUUCCCCAACGGAGACAGCAGCUUGCCUCCUGCCUUCACUGUGUUACCGAGUGUCAUCGAGAAGAACCAGCGGACCGUCAUUGUGCACGGUCUCGCAGACUUCAUCCUCAUUGCCAAUGGAACCAGAAUUGCCAUUCAAAACAUGACCUGGGAUGGUUUGCAGGGCUUCCAGACGCCUAUCGCUGACGACAGCUUCAUUGUCGAUGGCGUGGGUGCCUAUGGGACGAUGCACUCAGAGCGGGGACUCACUUAUUACGAAGUAGCUUUGAGUGGACACAUGAUUCCGCAGUUUGCGCCAGUAGCCGCCUUCCAGAUUAUGCAGUACCUGAUGGGCUUUAGGGACACGCCAUAG